AUGGCGGACCAAGAUGAGGCCCAGCGCACCGUCGUGUUUUUCCACCCAGACCUGGGUAUCGGUGGCGCUGAAAGGCUCAUUGUCGACGCCGCCGUCGGCCUCCAGAAUCGCGGCCACAAGGUCGUCAUCUUCACCAGCCACUGCGACCCCAAGCACUGCUUCGAUGAGGCUCGUGACGGAACGCUCGACGUCCGCGUAAGAGGCAACUACCUCUUUCCCGCCUCCAUCCUCUCCCGCCUUACCAUUCUCUGCUCCAUCCUCCCUCAGUGCCGGCAUCCCCUCCUCCAGUACCUAUGGCCCACCGCCCCGAUCCUUUUCUACUGCCACUACCCCGACCUUCUCCUUGCCCGCGGCCGUGACCGCCUAUGGAAGAGGCUAUACCGCGCCCCCUUUGAUUUCCUCGAGCAGUGGAGCAUGUCCUUUGCCACCGCCGUCGCCGUCAACUCCGAGUUCACCAAGAGCGUCGUCAAACAGACGUGGCCCAACCUCGAGAAGACUACCGAGCUCAGGGUUGUGCAUCCCUGCGUACCUAUUGAUGAGGUUUCUCUCCAACAGCAGCGCAAGCGGGGCGGCGGCAAGACGAAGAUGAUCACCGCUAAAGAGGUCGAUCAUGCGGUAGAGGAGAUUGUGGACUGGAAGGACGACAAGAUUAUUCUGAGUAUCAAUCGCUUCGAGCGCAAGAAGGAUAUUGAACUCGCGAUCAAAGCUUUUGCCGCCGUGCCAGAGAGUAGGCGUCAAGGUGUGCGCCUUGUUAUUGCCGGUGGUUACGAUCCUCGCGUUGCUGAAAACGUCGAAUACCAUGCCGAGCUUGUCCAGCUCGCCGAGUCCCUCAACCUUGAGACCAUGACAGCCAAGACGGUCAUCACUGCUCUCUCUGCGCCAGCUUCCAUCCCCGUCCUCUUCCUCCUCUCCAUUCCAGCCUCCCUCAAGGACGCCCUUCUUCGCUCUGCCCGACUUCUCGUCUACACGCCGUCCAACGAGCACUUUGGCAUCGAAACCGUCCUCGAUGCCGCCACGGGCUGGCUCAGAGACCCCACGGAUAUCCCCGCCUGGACCGCGGUUGUCGACCGCGUCCUCAACGACAUCGGUCCUGCACAGAGAGAGCGUAUGCGUCUCGCUGGCAUCGCGCGCGUCCACAACUCGUUUGCACGCACCACCAUGUCUCAACGAAUUGAGCAGAUCCUCGACGACAUGGAAAAGUCUGGGCCCAGAAGGCCUCCCAUCUUCAACGCCAUCAUGAAUUUUGCCGGUAUCGCUCUUUCCUUUUGGGUUGGCUUGCUGGUCGCGCGGACUUUUGUCCCAAGUCCGCAAAGAAAGGUGGCAUAA